UCAAAUUGCAGUUUAUUACUCGUGUAGCGUUUACACGUUGCUAUCAGAAAUAAAAGUGUAAUUUUUUUUUGGAAUAGCGGCUGUAGCAUUUUUUGCAAAAGUUUUAGUAUUUUAGGUUUCGUUCUUGUUUUUAUUCCUAGAAAUUUUUUUCUCUUUGAAAAAUGUUUCAUUCGCAUGGUAUUGCACUAAAACCUAGUCUUGUACUGAUCGAAAAAUGGAUUGCUAGUAAUGAGGUUCAAGAGAAUAAUAACGAAAAUUUGUCCCAUGUUGUUGACAACAUCAGUAGUGAAACGAAUAAAGAAUUGUCGCACAACGGUGAGAGAAGUGUCACCGGCGAAAGUUCGUUGCCUGAAACAUUCGAGAAUAAUGAAGACGGCAAAACUGUGCCUGAAAAUCAACAAGUGACAUAUGAUUCAGCGUUAGUUCUUGGAAUUAACAAAAUCCCGAAGCUCUCAAAGUCGAAGCAUAAAUCGAAGAAAAAAGAUCGACACAAUCGCCGGUCUAAGAAUGAUUUACAAUCGCGCGUUUCAAGUUAUCUAACGGACGAUACGUUUUCUGAUCAACGCGACAACACUGUUGCGCAAAUGAAUGAUGAGCAGGUGCAAGGAUCGAGUGAAAAUUUGUGGCGAAACAUUUCGAUCUCUGACAAUAUCGAAGAGAAGAGGAGUAAGAGAAUCAUGCCCACUGCCACUGUAACUUCACAUUCAUUGGAAGAGAGCCAAGCUUUUUAUGAAGAAAUAGUGGUUGAAGAAACACCACUCAAUCUUUCUACUGAUAAAAAUAAGACGAAACAAAUAAGUAGUGGGGAGAAUGGCCGUUGGUCACACAGUUUCGACAAAGCAGCAGACUUCAAUGGUCAUUUUACGGGUGUGAAGACCGACAACGUAUAUCGAAAUUAUCUCGAUAUGAUCGAUAAUAUACAACAAAAUGAUCAUCGAUCGAACUCAGAGUAUGCCGAAAUGCAAGAUAAAUUGUCUCAGCCUCAAUUCGAAUUGGUCGACGAUGUAGACGAUGAUCAACCGAUCGAUUACAGCAUGAGUAUGAGCUACCACCAUCAAGUGAGAACUGAUUUAGAUUUUACUCGCAAAAAUUUCACAAUUCGUCGUACCGAAUCAACAUGUCUUGUCAGUCCAGCUGGAUUCACACAUACUGGAUUCGCAAAUAACGGAUUUUCACCAUAUCUAGCACGAUCCAAUCGCGACAACCAGAAAAGGGCAACCCAAAGUGACCUUCACCAUCCGGUGGCUCAAAAAGCAUUCGAAUGGCCAUCGCUUUCUCAAUAUCCGCAUGGAUCCAAUUCCGUUGCAACCAAUGGCGUUGCUGAGCAUUCGUCAGGUACGAAAGUAGAAACCGUUGAUGCAUCCUCUCAAACUGAAAUUGAAAGCGUAGCUGACCACCCCUGCGACGGGAAGUGUUACAUAAAGUGUCUGGACAACAACAACGAACUUAUUUUGAAGAUGUUUAACUGCUGCUUCAGCACGAUGGCCGUGAUGGCCAACGGUGCGAUCUUGAAUUGUUCGUCUCCAAGUUUUGCUGAACGCAGCAGUCAGAUCCAGCCCCAAAACACUACUUCUCUCAGCGAAAAUCGUUCGAAUCUACGACUGGAAAACGACUAUUACCACGAAGACAAUGCACAUCCUGAGGAAACGCAAGUUGCUAAUAUUCGGAGAGGAAGACGAAACAAGAAUGAUAAGAAAAAAAGGGGAAUUCCGCAGAAACAAUCCCAACGACUAUUAGAUAUGGCCAGAAAGAAUGGAAAAGUGUCGCAGAAUGCGGAUGAGGUGGAAGUUGUUCCACCAAAAAAAUCCAAAAAAGGUGUGAAUCAGGAAUUUGAAGUUGAAAAUGAAAAUGUGUGCAAUUCUUCGUCGACUGAUAACAAUUCGUUGGAAGCUGCCGCCCGUAAAAUUUCUGUUUCGAGGAUCAGUGUUUCGAUGGAAACUACGACAAUGACCCCGAUAGAACCGAUAUUUCCGAUAACCCCUAAAUUUAAAUCGACAUAUAUCAAAAAUAGGAAAAUUAAACGUAUUUAAAUGAAAAAGUGAUUUCUAUUAACAUCAAGUCGAUGUUCUCAAAUAUUGAAGUGAAAUAAAAGAA